GUAAACAAAUCAGCAACAACAACCAAAACUGUAAACAUUUCUGUGCUGGGGGUCCACUUUCUUCGAUGAAAAUCGUUAAAAAUGCAAGAAACUACCAGCUUCAGUGAAAGCAUUUCAGUUUGUCGAUUUUGUCUGGCGAGCAGUGAUACUUUGGAGCACAUUUUCAACCACCAAACUAUCGACAUUCCGGCGAUUGUAAAGAUUCUAACAAACCUAGAGGUGGCUGAAAGUGAUCCAUUCUCCAAGCUCGUUUGCAGCAAAUGCAUCGCCACCGUAGAAAGUAUUGUGGAGUUCCGUAAGAGCUGUCUUCAAUCGUUCCAUGAAGCUGAACGGAAAUUGGUGCCGCAAGACGAACCAUCCCUUCACAAGGAGCUGUUGCAGGUGGAGUUUAUUAAAUGUGAAUCGCCAGGAAUCUCUGACUACGAUGGGUACGAGCAGGAGGAUACAUUUUCCAACCAAUCUGAGUGUAAGCCGCAUGAGCAUGAUGGUGAAGGAGAAAACAGCUCGAUUCAAGCUAGUGAUAAGCAGUGUAGAAAUGAUAAUACAACAGAACAGUUAAGAGCUACAACUGUGGAAGCAAGAAAGGCUGAAUCGUCGGAAAAUGAAGCAAAGGACACUUUAUCCACUAGCCAACGCAGCGGGAACAAAUCGAAGUUCAUCCCCAAGCUUACAGGGAUCAAUAAGGCAGAGCACUCCAAGACACGUGAGAAAAACAAACAGAAAGCUACCUCUCAAUCGGCCCGACCAAACGGCCAAAUUCAAACGCUGCGAAUAGAUUCCUCCAGCAAUCACAAUGUGAAUAAUCGACCGAAAAAGCCCGAAUCGGUCAAACCACAGAUUUACGAGUGUGAGGUGUGCGGCAAGACGUUCAAAACGAAAUCCAACUACACCAACCACCGGAAAACGCACAACUGGAGUGAGGCUACUGCCGCGCCAAACAGCACGCCCGAACAGCAGUCCAUGUCUGAGCCGAAGCGUAUCUAUCUGUGUAACAUCUGCGGCCAUAACUGUGGCUCGUCCAGCAACUUGAGCGUCCAUUUGCGACGCCACAACGGCCAAAGCGUGUGCGAGUGUACGGUGUGUGGGAAAGGCUUUCCACGUCGGUCCGAUCUCGUGAUGCAUAUGCGCAAGCAUACGGGUGAAAAACCGUACGUCUGCCCUACUUGUGGGCGUGGAUUUUCACGGCUGGAUAAGCUUCGCAUCCACAUUCGCACACACACGGGAGAGAAACCGUACCGGUGCCCCUGCGGACGGGGAUAUGCACAGAAAAACGAUCUAAAAACACACCAAAAACGCAACAUUUGCGGACAAAACUUUGACGUGGAAAAACUACUCGCACCCCGGCCGACAACGAUCUGCAUCAAAUCUCCGCCGCGUCAGUCGGCACAGUCCUCCCAUGGCGCGCCUUCCCACAGCACAGCGCCAAACGCCAUUCCAUCAACAUAUUCCACCCGUAGAGACGCUGGACUGAAUCUCGAGCACGAAACGAUAGAGGACAUGGUGUUCCCGGGCAGCUGGGCCAAUUGCCACACGACGCCACACCAUUUCCAACAUCACGAAAGAGAUGCAACGGAUGGUUAUGAGGACGGCAGCUCGUACACGCACCAGUCAAAGCUUACAGCGUGAUAGGACCCCC